UAUGAUACAGUUUGAUAGCUGUACGAUGCAGUUCAAUAUCGGUUCGAUAUCUGUAUGAUGCAGUUUGAUAAUGUCUGAUAUAGAUGUAUGAAAUGGUUUGGAAUAUGUUUAAUGAUUUUUAUUUCGAACGAGAUGUUAACUGAGACGUUAACCAAGACAGCAUUAUAAAGCUUUGAAAUGAGAAUGCGUGCAGAUAAAAAAAUUCCACAAAGCUGACACGGCUUUUUCAAAUUCAUCUCUCAAGUGAGAGUAACGCACAUCUUUAGUCUACUGCUUCUCGACGGUGCAGACAGAUCGUACAAACUUGUGAACAAAACUUGUGAACAAAACUUGUGAAAAUGCAGAGCAUCCGCAUUGAAUAUCCUGUCACUGGCGUAAGUGAUAGUGCAAGUUUAUGACAGGUGAAGUGUAAAAAAUUAAAUAAUAAUAAUUAUUUUGUUUUUAGUAUGUAUGCGUUGAUGGGAUGCCGGUUCGACGGGUCGUUAUAAACAACGAGGUACGCGUGGAGGUACCACUUCCAGGUCCUCCAAUCAACAUCCCUUUAGGAGGGUUAUUGUCGGUGCGCGAGUCAAUAACUAAUCAACCAUGGAUCUACCGAGAGGAUAUCAGAAUACCCGGUUUUAUCAAUAUUAACAGGAAAUUUUGGACGCAUUGGAGAAGGGAUUUAUUAAGAGCGCAGAACGACGAUGUAUUAGAACGUUCGUGCGGCCUAUUUGGCGAAGCCGACGUGUGGGACCUGCGCCGUCUAUUCAGCAUGCGUCCUUUAAUAGACGAAAAUCAUGAAGUUUGGAUAUAAAUACAUAAAUAUAUGAAUAUAUGAAUAUAUAAAUGAUUAAUUUUGGAUAUAAUUAUAUAAAUAUAUAAAUAUAAAGUUAUAUAAAUAUAUAAUAUGCGUUCUCUUUCUCACUCCCUUCCCUCGCUUUCAGUUGCACUCAUCCCACCCAUUAAAUACAAUAUUCUCACUCUCUACACUCAUCGCACGCUCUCGCUCACACAUACCGCAUGCUACACAUCGCAUACUAUUCAUCACGUUCUCUCCUUCCCACCCGUUAUAUCCAUAUUCCCGCAUGCUCUCUCACUUACACUCAUCACAUGUUCUCACUCAUACACAUCGCAUACUAUCCAUCACGUUCUCUCGCUCCCACCCAUAACGUAGUACAUUCUCGUUCGCUUGGCAGCGG